GGACAAGCCCAAUUUUUUCUAUACCCCAUUCUGCCAUUGUCCUGAUAAACCCCAAAACGGUUAAAUCCCACCGUUUCCUCUAAUCCUACGGCUCCAAGUUUUCCAUAAUUAUCAAUUUAUCUCUUCCGCAAGGGUUUCCCAAAUGUCAUUGAUUGAAUUUCUACGACCGACGGCCAUAGCAAUCCAAAGUAAGUGUAGCAGAAAUUCUUACUGUAAUCUUCUUUAUAUACAUGGCUUAAACUUAAGCACCAAUCGGUUUAAGGUUUCGCUACAAAACACGAAUCGUUUCAUCUCCGAUUCAAUUACUUUCCCUCUAUGUAACGUCCUCGUUUUGAGGAACCACGAGAGAUUCAAUCUGUAUGGAGGAGGUAGAUUAAGGUUCAAAGAAAGCAAAAUUUUGGCUAAUUGUACAGAUAACAACGACUCGAAGGAUAGUUCCAGUGACAAAAAUGAAAGCGAAGGCGGGCAAGGAGUGAGGCAGAAACAAGACACGACAAAUUCUGGCAGUUCUACCAAUCAGAGACGAGAAAAGAGCGGGAAAAGCGAGCUUUGGUGGUCCAAAGGAAAGAAAUGGCAGUGGCAACCGAUAAUUCAAGCUCAAGAAAUUGGUGUUUUGCUUUUACAGUUGGGUAUUGUUAUGUUCGUUAUGCGGUUGCUCCGACCAGGGAUUCCGUUACCCGGGUCCGAGCCCAGGACCGCAACAACUUUCAUCAGCGUUCCUUACAGUGAGUUUUUGAAUAAGAUUAAUAGUAAUCAAGUUCAAAAGGUGGAGGUUGAUGGGGUUCAUGUAAUGUUUAAACUGAAGAAUGAAGGGAAUGUUCAAGAGAGUGAAACCAGUGGUGUUAGUAAUAGUGAGUUUCAAGAUUCGGACUCAUUGUUGAGGAGUGUGGCGCCAACGAAGAGAAUUGUGUAUACAACCAUACGGCCUAGUGAUAUCAAGGCCCCAUAUGAAAAGAUGUUGGAAAAUGAUGUGGAGUUUGGGUCUCCUGAUAAGCGGUCUGGCGGCUUCUUCAACUCUGCAUUGAUAGCUUUGUUUUAUGUUGCUGUCCUUGCAGGACUUCUCCAUCGGUUCCCUGUGAGCUUUUCUCAGAACACAGCUGGUCAGAUCAGGAAUCGCAAGUCUGGGGUUUCUUCGAUUUCAAAAGUGCCUGAACAAGGUGAAAUAGUCACUUUUGCUGAUGUUGCAGGUGUUGAUGAGGCCAAGGAGGAGCUAGAAGAAAUUGUGGAAUUUCUUAGGAAUCCAGACAGAUAUAUACGGCUUGGUGCUCGUCCUCCUCGAGGAGUUCUCCUGGUAGGUCUUCCUGGGACAGGUAAGACUCUUCUAGCAAAAGCUGUGGCCGGUGAAGCAGAAGUUCCCUUCAUAAGUUGUUCUGCCAGUGAGUUUGUAGAGUUGUAUGUUGGCAUGGGUGCAUCUCGAGUUAGAGAUCUCUUUGCUCGAGCAAAGAAGGUGGCACCAUCAAUAAUUUUUAUUGAUGAGAUAGAUGCUGUGGCUAAAAGUCGUGAUGGUAAAUUUCGCAUUGUUAGCAAUGACGAACGAGAGCAAACCUUGAACCAAUUGCUCACAGAGAUGGAUGGAUUUGACAGUAAUUCUGCUGUGAUUGUUCUUGGAGCUACAAAUCGCUCUGAUGUCUUAGACCCUGCACUUCGACGACCUGGGAGAUUUGAUCGUGUUGUUAUGGUAGAGACUCCUGAUAGGAUUGGCAGAGAAUCUAUUUUGAAAGUACAUGUUUCUAAGAAAGAUAUUCCCCUUGGGGAAGAUGUUGAUCUUUGUGAUAUUGCCUCUAUGACUACUGGUUUUACUGGGGCUGACCUUGCGAAUCUGGUAAAUGAAGCUGCCUUACUUGCUGGAAGAAAUAACAAAAUUAUUGUAGAGAGAAUUGAUUUCAUUCAGGCAGUAGAGCGAUCGAUAGCUGGCAUAGAGAAGAAAACUGCCAAAUUAAAGGGAAGUGAGAAGGCUGUCGUUGCAAGGCAUGAAGCUGGUCAUGCAGUAGUAGGUACAGCUGUUGCUAACCUUCUUCCUGGACAGCCACGUGUUGAGAAACUGAGCAUAUUGCCAAGAUCUGGGGGAGCACUGGGCUUUACUUAUACACCUCCUACCAAUGAGGAUAGAUAUUUACUCUUCAUUGACGAAUUACGUGGCCGUUUGGUUACCCUCCUUGGUGGGCGUGCUGCAGAGGAAGUUGUCUACUCUGGUCGUGUUUCUACUGGUGCACUUGAUGAUAUUAGGCGAGCAACAGACAUGGCAUACAAGGCAGUAGCUGAAUAUGGUCUAAAUCAGACUAUAGGUCCUCUGUCUUUAGCUACCGUGUCUGGUGGAGGCAUGGAUGAAUCUGGGGGAUCAGUUCCUUGGGGACGUGAUCAGGGACAUCUAGUUGAUCUUGUUCAAAGAGAGGUGAAAGCAUUAUUACAGUCUGCACUAGAAGUAGCCCUUUCUGUUGUUCGUGCUAAUCCAACUGUUUUAGAAGGGCUUGGUGCCCACCUGGAAGAAAAUGAGAAAGUUGAAGGUGAAGAGCUGCAAGAAUGGCUGAAAUUGGUUGUUGCACCGGAGGAACUAACAGUCUUCAUCGGUGGCAAGCAAAAGUCUCUUCUGCCAGUGCAAGCACGCUCUGGAUAAAGCAGUUUUGCUCAUUUCUCAUCAGCAUAUUGAGCACAAUACAGUGUCCACUGCAGCCAGCUUUCUUAAUGCUUUGAACCAUGUCAAUGAGCAUGUCCUGGUUACCAUCAUCAUCUCCCCUGCAAAUUUUUGUAUAUUCCAACAAGGUGAAUUUUAGCCUUUUUUGUUUUUUCAACACUACCAAGUUUUUUCAUUGUUUUUAUUCUCAUGGCACUUACCAGAAGAAACGUAGAUAAAGUGGUAAAGCUGAAGAUCUAUUUCCUUGUGAUCACUUUGAAGCUUGUCUCCGCCAUCCUUGACAUUAUGUCUAUAUCCAGGUUGGUCUCCAAUGUUAUGUUGUACAUUGACUAUUAUUUCCAUGGAAAAAAGGUAUAGGUAGUGGCAAGUGUAACAGUACUUGAGUUGUACACAUAAUUAUUCUGUGAAAUAUAAGAUUAUUGCAGAUAAAACAAGCUGCGUUCAAAAA